UCAAGUCAAUCACUUUCAAAACUAAAACUUGCACUAUUUCAAUAAUAUAUCACCAUACAAUGGCCACAAGAAAAUCAGCACUGGCGACAGGAGGAAUGAAGAAGCCACACAGAUUCAGACCAGGAACAGUCGCAUUGCGUGAAAUCAGGAAGUAUCAAAAGAUCACUGAGCUUCUCAUUAGGAAACUUCCUUUCAAAAGAUUGGUUCAUGAAAUCGCUCAGGAUUUCAAAACUGAUCUCCGAUUCCAGAUCAGCGCUGUUUCUGCUCUUCAAGAAAUCGCUGAAGCGUGUAUUGUUGGUUUGUUUGAAGAUAUGAAUCUUUGUGCUAUUCAUGCUAAGAGAGUUACUAUUGUGCCUAAGGAUAUUAAACUUGCAUGCAGAAUCAGGUGCGAGAGAGCUUAG